CGCCGGCAGCCACCAUGAACAAGCUGUACAUCGGGAACCUAAACGAGAGCGUGACUCCGGCCGACUUGGAGAAAGUCUUCAACGACCACAAGAUCUCCUUCAGCGGGCAGUUCCUGGUCAAGUCCGGCUAUGCCUUUGUGGACUGCCCCGACGAGCAGUGGGCCAUGAAAGCCAUCGAAACUUUUUCGGGGAAAGUGGAGCUUCAUGGAAAACAGCUAGAGAUUGAACACUCAGUACCUAAAAAGCAAAGGAGCCGGAAAAUUCAAAUCCGAAACAUCCCACCCCAGCUGCGAUGGGAGGUUUUGGAUGGCUUGCUAGCACAAUACGGCACUGUAGAAAACUGUGAGCAAGUGAACACAGACAGUGAGACCGCCGUGGUUAACGUCACCUACACAAACCGGGAACAGACCAGGCAAGCCAUCAUGAAGCUGAACGGGCACCAGCUGGAGAACCACGCGCUGAAGGUCUCCUACAUCCCUGACGAGCAGUCUGUGCAGGGCCCAGAGAAUGGGCGGCGGGGCGGCUUUGGGGGCCGGGGUGCCCCCCGGCAGGGUUCCCCCGUCACCGCAGGGGCCCCGGUCAAGCAGCAGCCCGUGGACAUCCCGCUCCGUCUCCUGGUGCCUACCCAGUACGUGGGUGCCAUCAUCGGCAAGGAAGGAGCCACCAUCAGGAACAUUACCAAGCAGACACAGUCCAAGAUUGAUGUGCACCGUAAGGAGAACGCAGGAGCUGCAGAAAAAGCCAUCAGCAUCCACUCCACCCCUGAGGGCUGCUCUGCUGCCUGCAAAAUGAUCUUGGAGAUCAUGCAGAAGGAGGCAAAGGACACAAAGACAGCUGAUGAAGUGCCCCUGAAAAUCUUGGCCCAUAACAACUUUGUGGGGCGCCUGAUUGGCAAAGAAGGGCGAAACUUGAAGAAAGUGGAGCAGGAUACGGAGACAAAAAUCACCAUCUCGUCCUUGCAGGACCUGACCCUGUACAACCCUGAAAGAACGAUCACAGUGAAGGGCUCCAUCGAGAACUGCUGCAAAGCAGAGCAGGAGAUCAUGAAGAAAGUGAGGGAAGCCUACGAGAACGAUGUCGCGGCCAUGAGCCUGCAAUCUCAUCUCAUCCCUGGCCUCAACCUGGCUGCUGUCGGCCUCUUCCCUGCCUCCUCCAAUGCAGUACCUCCUCCUCCCAGCAGCGUCUCUGGGGCUGCUCCCUACAGCUCCUUCAUGCCUCCGGAGCAGGAGACUGUACACGUCUUCAUCCCUGCCCAAGCGGUUGGUGCCAUCAUUGGCAAGAAGGGCCAGCACAUCAAGCAGCUCUCCCGGUUCGCAAGUGCCUCUAUUAAGAUUGCACCCCCGGAGACGCCGGACUCCAAAGUGCGCAUGGUGGUCAUCACGGGCCCUCCAGAAGCUCAGUUCAAGGCGCAAGGCAGGAUUUAUGGGAAGCUGAAAGAGGAGAACUUCUUUGGGCCGAAGGAAGAAGUGAAGCUGGAGACGCACAUCCGUGUCCCCGCCUCGGCUGCAGGGAGGGUUAUUGGCAAAGGGGGCAAAACCGUCAAUGAGCUGCAGAACCUGACGGCUGCGGAGGUGGUGGUGCCGCGGGAUCAGACCCCCGAUGAGAACGAGCAGGUCAUUGUUAAGAUCAUCGGGCACUUCUAUGCCAGCCAGAUGGCGCAGCGCAAGAUCCGGGACAUCCUGGCCCAGGUGAAGCAGCAGCACCAGAAGGGACAGAGCGGCCAGCUGCAAGCGAGGAGGAAAUGAGAGCAGCACUGACACCAAUGUGAAAAGUGGAACAAGCCAAUGCCAGGCUUAAGAGUGGCUGGGAAUCAGUUACCAUAGACAGAUGCAAUUAUUUUCAUUAACUGGUCGACACUAAAAGGCAGUUUGAUUGGCUUUCAAGGCAAGAGGGAUGGGGCUAAGAACCAGGCCGCACCAUCUGACCCGUUUUUAGCUCCACGUGCUGACACCGUACUGAAGCGAAGCGGGGAGGUGCUGGGGGCUGGGGGAGCACUGGGCACUGCACUCAGCCCCCGUGGGCAUCGCCUGCCCUCAUCUCAGGGCCUCUGGGGCUCCCCCAGGGCUCCCCCCAGCUUCAAUUCCCCGUCCCUCCCUCAAUCCCUUCCCUGCCUCGGCAAUGUGGCUGACGGAUGUUCCCAGAGUCGUGUUAAACCUUUAGGAUCCAUUGAUUUUUCUCUUUCUUUUUUCC